GAUACCACCUGUGGAAAUGAAACGGAGAAAUAAGAUCCAGCCUUGUUUAGCAAAGCCAGCUUUUGCCUCUUUGCUGAGUCAGAGCUCUGCAUAUAUUUUAAGAAAAGCCAUUGAAGAACUCAAUGAAACCAGUAUUCUUUUCACACAGGUCUCAUCAGUUUCACCCUUUUCUGUGUGCAGCUGAUUUUGAAAAGAUUGCUUCCAUGUAUGGUAGCGAUAAGUUUGAUUUGCCCUAUGGGAUAAGAAGAUCAGCGGAAUAUUUUCGACAUGCUCUUUCAAAACUGCAGAGUUGUGAUCUCUUUGAUGAGUUUGACAACCUGCCAUGUAAGAAGUGCGUGGUGGUUGGUAAUGGAGGAAUUUUGAAGAAUAAGACUUUAGGAGAAAAAAUCGACUCCUAUGAUAUAAUAAUAAGAAUGAAUAAUGGUCCUAUUUUAGGACAUGAAGAGGAAGUUGGAAGAAGGACAACCUUCCGACUUUUUUAUCCAGAAUCUGUUUUUUCAGAUCCCAUUCACAAUGAUCCUAAUACGACAGCAAUUCUUACUGUUUUUAAGCCACAUGAUUUAAGGUGGCUGUCAGAAUUGUUGAUGGGUGACAAAAUAAACACUAAUGGUUUUUGGAAGAAACCAGCCUUAAGCCUGAUCUAUAAACCUUAUCAAAUCAGAAUAUUAGAUCCUUUCAUUAUUAGAACAGCAGCUUAUGAACUGCUUCAUUUUCCAAAAGUGUUUCCCAAAAAUCAGAAACCCAAACACCCAACGACAGGAAUUAUUGCCAUCACACUGGCCUUUCACAUAUGUCAUGAAGUUCACCUAGCUGGCUUUAAAUACAACUUUUCUGACCUCAAGAGUCCUUUGCACUACUAUGGGAAUGCCACCAUGUCUUUGAUGAAUAAGAAUGCAUACCACAAUGUGACUGCAGAGCAGCUCUUUUUGAAGGACAUUAUAGAAAAAAACUUCGUAAUCAACUUGACUCAAGAUUGACCCUCCAGACUCAAAUGAUGCUUACAGUAUUAGUUUUAUUUUUAUACUGCAAUUUUUAGUUUAUUUUUAAAUAUGUUGGAUGCACUUGUCAAAUAAUUAUGUAUGUGAAGUCUAUUGCUGCCUGGUGAUUCAUAACCACCAGCUUAAUUUCUGUGAAUACUAUAUAUUUAACUUAUGAAAACCAAGAAAUGUUUAGUCGUUAAGGAAGUAAGUUUUGAUUGCAUUGUUUUUAAAAUAAGCUAGUUUUCUAA